AUGGUAGUGUCUGGUGAUGCUGGUGAUAAUGGGGUUGUUGAUGUCACAUGUGUUGAUCAUUCUGGUGCGGCUUUGAAAUUGCUCGCCAAAAAGAAAGUCAAAUUUGAUCUCCUUCUGAUAGACAGUGACAUCAGUGAUGUUGAUGUUCAUACAUUUCUUAGUUUAACAAAGAACAUGGACGUACUACCCAUUGUGAUGUCUGAGCAAGAGGAUGAUGUAUUCCUAUUUGAAGCUUUAAAGAAUGGUGCUUUUCUUGUCCUCAAGAGGCCACUUACUAUCGAUGCAGUAAGGCAUAUGCGUCAACACAUUAUCAGAGAGAGAAUGAAUAAGCAUGAAAAAUGUAAAAAAAAGAAUAUGGUUGUUAAGGCCACAACACAAGCAACACCGAUACAGGAAAAUAUAAGAUCUGGUCGUAAAAGGAAGGAAACAUGCGGCCCAAUGAAGCAAGUGAUCAACAAAAUUAAUCUUGACAAUAAUAAUAUACUCUACCAAUCAUCCGAAGAAGAAGAAGAUGAUGAUGAUGAUAAUGAUGUUGAUGAUGAUAGCACGCAAAAAAGGGUAUGCUUGGAGUGGACCCCAGAGCUUCACAAGAAAUUCCUUGAUGCUAUCAGUGAGCUUGGUGAAGGAAGAUGUUUUCCAAAGGAGAUACUUAAUCUUAUGGAUGUCCCUGGUCUUACGAGAAUGCAGGUUGCUAGUCAUCUCCAGAAAUGCCGCAAGGAAAAAUGGAAAUGUAAUGAAAGAGGGAGAACGCCCACUUCAUCAAAUAGCUCUACGUUGUCCAGUAAUGUUUCACCACUAGAGAUAGAUGAGAAACACAAGAAUGAACAAACCCCCAGAGUUUUGCCAAUAAUGAACGAAUUUAUUCCACAAAACAUUGUCCAACCUACACCUGAUAUCCUAUUUCCAUUAGGAAAUGGAUUUGAUUCAAGUCAAGAUGAAGGCGUUGGUAGCAAAAUCACUAAAUCAACCAAUAAUUAUUUUCUACAAGCAAUAUCUGGUUCACAUGAUAUUGGUGAAGGAGUCUCGGAUCCAUAUAACCUUUCAUCAAUCCCAAGACAAACAUCUGACGAUUUUCCUGAUUACCUGAAAGACAUGGAUGGUAACGGUCCGAAUGAUGACUUGAUAUCCUAA